UUUGAAUGACGGUUAAGCUUUAGGUUAUGUUUUUAAAUUAAAUUUUGAAAAAGAUUUUUAUAAAAUUUAUUUCGUUCCUGUGAUACUUUUGAACUAUUUCUGAUGGUGUUCCGAUAGGUGGCAUUAAAAUUUAGAUCCUGUGCAAGUGAAUGUGCAUACUUUUAGGAGCCACCGUUUAUUUGUCACUUUAAUAUUUUGCUGAGGUUCAUCAAAUUUUCCAAAUGCCUUUUUUUAUAUAAACUAAGCAUGCUUCCUAGAGGUGGGAUAUCUUUAAAUUAGCAAAUUCUACAACCUAGUGCUUCUGUUAUUACCGAUAUUUAUAUGCACAUCAGUCUCUCUCCUCUACAGAAGAUUGCAAAAGAACGAUUACGAUAACUUUUUCAUUUUGAUAAGAAAAUUUCCAAACAUUUCAUGAGAACCUAUGAGUGCACAACAACAAUUGUGGUCAAAUUUUAAUCAAUAUUUUGAUAAAAACAAAAAAUCAUAUGUAUUUAAAGCAAUUUUUAAUACAAAAUAUAUUUAGUUUUAAAACUAAUCUCUUUACACACUAACCUUUCUUCAUAAUAAAAAAAAAACUAAUAAUGUCUGCUGAUCUACAACCAAAAUACAUUUCUGCCAAAGAAGUAGAAAAACUGCUUACCUGGCCGCUGGUAAAUGCAGCUGUAGAAGAGGCCCUUAAAGCUACCGGACAAACAGAUAUAGAUCCAGCUAAUCUUCAACAUUCCUAUGCUAUACAACCGGCUCGCUCUAUUACACCUUGUGGUGAUCGCACUAAACUAUUAAUGUGUAUGCCUGGAUUUGUAGGCAACUACCAACUAGGUGACCCCGCCGGCAAUAAGAAAAACACCUUAGCCUGUAAAUUGGUUACAUCAUUUGCCUCCAAUCAUCUGCGUAAACCACCAGUACCUAAUAUUUUGGCCAACAUUUUACUUUUCAAUACUGAAACCGGACUACUGCAAUGCAUAAUGGAUGGCACUCAAAUUACCGCUUGGCGUACGGCAGCCGCUUCUUUAGUGGCUACCAAAUAUCUAUAUUUCAAACGUUUUCCUGAAGGUGUUAAUAAAGCCAUUAAAUUGGCCAUUAUAGGCUGUGGUGUACAGGGACAAUCUCAUGCUCUGGGAAUGUGUAAGACAUUUAAUGUUAUUGAUGUUUAUCUUUACAAUCGUACAAAAGCAAAGGCCGAUCGAUUAGCCGAUGAAUUAAGGACAGAAUGUUCCACCCGGGUGCAUGUUUGCGAUUCAGCCGAAACGGCUGUUCGGGAAGCCGAUGUGGUAUGUGUGGGUACUUACUCGCCAACAGCUUUAAUCAACUAUGAAAUGCUUAAGGGCAGUGAUGUUCAUAUAAAUACUGUCGGAGCUGGCCAAGUUCAUUUUGGUGAAGUAGCUCAAGAUAUCUAUGACCAGAGUGUGGUAUAUGUUGAUUCUAUGGUUAGUGCUAAAGUGGAGUUGAAAGAUUUAAAGGCUCGCAUUAUAGGCGAAGUUGGUGAGGUUAUACGCAAUGGCAAGAGAACGGAAAAUGAACGUAUAACUAUCUAUCAGUCGAUGGGCAUUGCUGCUGAAGAUGCCACUGUAGCUCAAGCUAUUUAUGAUGCUACAAUUAAAGGAUAACAGUUGUCAAUGAAAUUAAUUCUAUUUUAUUUUUCUAAUAAAAACACUAAAAUUGUUUGUCACAAAUUGUUCAGAAA